AUGGUGGUAAAGCUUCAGAUCUCCGGCCAUGACGAGGUGGACGGUGUUAUGUGGUACGACAUCGAGGUGACGAAUGAGAGCGGCAGAUCCUGGACGGUGCAGCGCCGCUACAACGACUUUGCCCAGCUGGACGGCGACCUAAAGAAGUCCAGGUCCUUGGAGGUUCCAGAGCUCCCUGGCAAGGAGGUCUUGAACCCCUUGAAAGUCUUUGACCGCGACGGUUUCGCUGACCGGCGCAUGGAGGGGCUCAGAAGCUACCUCGAGAGCUUGGCAGCACAAGUCCAGACUCUGGCACAGGACCAGGUGCUGGAGAAGUUUCUGCAGGUGGACCUCACCACGAGGUCUUUGCUCGCGGCCGAUGGUUCCUCUGUGACAGGCGACGAGGAAGCGGAGCCCACCAGUGGAGUUCACCCAGCGCUGACCCGGGCUGCUGGCCGGUCUUUGCGUUGGCUUCUUGGUUCUUGGUUCAACGAGGCAGCCGCACGGCAGCCGUUCCGUGCUAUGAACGAUAACGAAGCCUUCAAACACGAAACAGUGUCCUUUUCGAGAAGUGAAGGGGAACAGAGCUUGGAGACGGCAAUGCUCAUUCUGCUGGCCGGGCUGGCGGUGACACUGUCGAGGUUCACAACCUUUGCGACGCCUGCAGGAAGCUCUUCCCCGCGAAGGGAUUUUCUGAAGAGCAUGACCGCUGGACUCGCAGCCGGAGCAGGCAUGCAGGUGGUCGACGUCCAGCCGGCGCAAGCAGCCAUCACAAGAUGGUCCGGCAUCUACAAGGACCCCAAGCAUCCAGGCUGCGAGCGUGGCAUCACUAAGGAUGGCGACGAGUUUGUCAUCUCCGGCACCAGCGCUGUCGAUGGAGCCAAAGAAUGCGAGAAGGACAUGAAGACCAAAAAGUGGUACCUCGUCGCCACGAAAGGUGGCGAUGAUGAGCUGAUAAUUGAUUUUUCGCCCAAGGGCGGGCCCAAGGAUGCUGUUGCCAAGUGGGACGGUGACGGCAUCAUUUUCCCCGAUGGCAACAGGUGGUCCAAGAUCAAACGCAAGCCGGAGGAAGCAGCAGACACCUACCUCGACGGCCCAUCUUCGCCUUUGGCCAAAUUCCGUUAA